AUGGCGCAACAGGCUUCACUACAGCACCUGAGUGCGAUUGUCAUCGGGGCCGGCUUUGGCGGGCUCGCCGCUGGCAUUGAGCUGGCAUUGAGGGGUGCCAAGGUUCGCAUCUUUGAGUCCUAUCCCGAUAUGACGAAGCAGGGAGAUGUCAUUCAAAUGCCUGCAAAUGGAACACGGCUCAUGUCAAGAUGGGGCGAUGUCCUCGAGAAAAUCGUCAAAAUUUCGGCCAGCCCAGACACCAUGACCAUUAUGAACAAGGACGGAAAGGUGCUUUUGAAUCAGCAGCUCCAUACAGAUUUCGACGGCUUUCCUAUUGUGUAUGGCCAUCGAGGAAGAAUCCAGCAAACUUUCAACGAGUAUGCCAUUUCUCUCGGAGUCGAGAUCGAAUGGGGAGCCUCUGUUAGCCAAGUAUUCGAGGAUGAAGGUUCAGCUGGUGUGAUUGCCGGUGGCCAAAAGUAUGAGGCUGAUUUCGUCAUUGCGGCAGACGGAGUUCACAGUAAGUCAAGGAGCUAUGUUGUUGGAACUGUCGACCGACCGAAGAAGAGCGGGUUUGCCGUGUAUAGGUCGUGGUUCCCGCUUCAACUUCUCCAAGAUGACCCCGUUACGCAAGAGAUUGCCACUUCAGACAAGCCCCUCUUCAAAAUCUGGAUCGCAGAAGACACUCAUGGCAUUCUCACUACCAACCCUGCUCUACAGUCCGCCACUUGCUUCGUGACUCAUAAGGACCUGUCUGAUGUCGCAGAGGAUUGGAAUCUGAGAGGUGAUGCUGGGGAUAUGUUGGCGUGUGUAAAGGGUUGGGACUCCCAGCUCCGCCACAUCAUUGAAAAGAUCCCCGCGGACUGCCUUAUUGACUACAAGCUUCUGUGGAGAGACCCGGUUCCCAAAUGGGUCUCCGAAAAGGGACGUGUCUGCCUUAUUGGCGACGCAGCUCACCCGCAUCUUGCAACUUCUGGAACGGGAGCGGCGCAGGCCAUCGAAGACGCCGCAACAAUUGGAGCGCUGCUAGAGAAGACUGGGAAAGCCAAUAUCCAACUCGCGAUGAAGUCCUACGAGAGGCUCAGAUAUGAGCGCACAAGCCUGACUCAACGUAUGGGAUGGGAGACUCGUCAUGUAUGGCAUCAGACCAACUGGGAUGCAGUGGCUGCAAACCCAGAGAUGCUUAAAUUCCCUCAGCCGGCGUGGUUGCUCGGAUCGGAUGCGACAAAGUACGCAGAAGAGCAGUUUGAGGCGGUCAAGGCCAGCAUUGAAAGUGGAAAGCCGUUUGUCUCCACGAAUAUACCCGAAGGACACGUUCAUGAGGACUGGACCAUUGAAACAAUGCUGGGGCAUGAAGGCAAACUUGCUGAUAAGGACUUUUACAAGACCCGGGACUGA